AUGGCGAAUGGCGAUUCCAAGCUGCUAGGUGCCCAACUAGGCGUCCUUACCUCAAACGGCACUGUCUCCAUUGCAAAAGCGGAAUUUUCCGAUAUAGUUCCUAUCCGAUCCAUCAUUGUGCGACCUGAUGAUGACUGGCCUGCAUUGGCCGGCCAGCAGGUUCGGGUUGGUGGCUGGGUGAAGACUGCUCGGAAGGGAAGCAAGGGUUCAAGAUUUUUGCAGCUGAAUGAUGGGUCAUGCUUGGGAAACUUACAGGUGUUUGUGGAAGCAGACAAGGUUGACCUCGGGCAGCUUGCGCGGACUGGUAUAUGUGUUGUCGUAGAUGGUGUGCUUAAGCUGCCCCCAGGGGAUAAAGAGCAGAAGGUGGAGCUUAAGGUGGAGAAGAUGGUACAUGUCGGUCCAGUUGACCCUGCUGAUUACCCUUUGCCCAAGACCAGCCUCCCCCUUGAGUUUGUGAGGAACUUUGUUCAUUUGCGUCCCAGAACCUGCACGAUCUCUGCAGUUAUUCGAAUCAGAAGUGCCCUGGCACAUGCAACUCACAUAUUCUUCCUAGAGCGUGGCUUUUUGAACGUGCAGACUCCAAUUAUGAAUUGCAGCGAUUGCGAGGGUGCCGGUGAGAUGUUUCAAGUCACAACCUUGUUUAGUGAAGGUGAGAAGUUGGAAAAGGAUCUGCUUAAGAACCCUCCUCCAUCAGAAGCAGACGUAGAAGCUGCUAAGGUCAUUGUUAAGGAGAAAGGAGAUGUUAUUGCUCUGCUGAAAUCUUCUAAAGCAAGUAAGAUGGACAUUGGUGAUGCUGUGGCCGAACUUAAAAGGGCAAAGGAAAAUCUCUGGAAGCUGGAGGAGAGGUCUAAGCUUCAACCUGGUAUCCCUCAUAAGGAGGGGAAGAUUGACUAUACUCGAGAUUUCUUUGGCCUGCCAACAUUUUUGACUGUUUCUGGCCAACUACAACUUGAAGCGUAUGCAUGUUCUCUUAGUAAGGCGUAUUCGUUUGGGCCUACUUUUCGAGCUGAGAAGUCACAUACUACAAGGCAUUUGGCAGAAUUCUGGAUGGUGGAGCCUGAAAUGGCAUUUGCGGAGCUUGAGGAUGAUAUGAACUGUGCAGAGGCAUAUGUGAAAUUCAUGUGUGAGUGGUUACUUGAAAAAUGCCAUGAAGAUAUGGAAUUUUUUGCCGAGAGGUAUGAUAAAAGUUGCAUUGAUCGUCUAAGAAUGGUCGCUUCAACACCUUUUGAACGGAUUACGUACACAGAAGCAGUGGACCUGCUAAUUGAGGCGGUGAAAAAUGGCAAGGAGUUUGAGAACCAUGUGGAAUGGGGGAUUGAUUUGUCAUCUGAGCAUGAAAGGUACUUGACGGAGGUGAAAUUUCAGAAGCCUGUUAUUGUUUACAAUUACCCUAAAGAUAUCAAAGCAUUCUACAUGAGGCUCAAUGAUGAUUCUGAGACAGUGGCUGCCAUGGAUGUGCUGGUACCAAAGGUGGGAGAGUUGAUAGGGGGAAGCCAAAGGGAAGAGCGUUUCGAUGUUCUCCAUAACAGGAUUUUGGAGAGGGGACUGCCUGUUGACCUAUAUCAGUGGUACCUUGACUUGCGGCGCUUUGGGACUGUCAAACAUAGUGGUUUUGGUUUAGGCUUCGAACGGAUGGUUAUGUUUGCUACUGGCCUUGACAAUAUUAAAGAUUGUAUUCCCAACCCUAGAAUUGAGGGAAGAGCAGAUUAA